AUGGAAAUCGUAAAGAUGCUUUUGUCCGCGGCUGAAAGGUGCCGAUGGUACCGAGAAAACCUUAAACAAUCUAAUCCAGAAAAAUAUGAUUCAAUGAAAAAAAAAAAGAAUGCUGAGAGAACAAAGGCUAAAAAAAGAAAAAUAGUGAAUAUGAUUGAAGAUGAAAAAUUGGCGAUUAGAAAGAAGUGGCGAGAUGCUAACCAAGCUCUACAGCGCGCAACAUGUUAUAAAAGAGGAAAAGGACUGACAGAAAAUAAAUUCAGUUCCUUCUCGGAUAAGCGCACGAAGCAAUGGGUCUGUCCGGAGUGCGCUUGUUCUAAACCUAAACGCUAUGACCCGAAUACACCUAUCAGGGACACCCCGGAGCUGAAAACAUUCACGCCCAGUGCUAAUGUCAACACUCAACGGGGAAGCCGCAUGCAAUUGAUGGAUGAUAAUAAUAGUAAUGAUAAAUUGCUGUCUGAGUUUAGACAGCUAAAAUAUGAAGUCUUAAGCCGAUUAGACGUGCAAACUAACAUUAUUAAACAUCUUCAAGAAAUAUGUUUUUCUACAAAAACGGAAUUAGAAGAACUAAAGAUUAAAAUGAAAGUAUUUCAAAAUAAAUUGUUCCCAACGGAUCUGUUAUCAACUCAAAAUCAACAGUUUGAAAGUAUUGAUAGUAUAACGGAAAGUUUGAAUACAGGCCUCGAAAUGUCUAAGCAAAUCGAUGUCCCAUAUACAUUCGCUGAUGUGGCUCAUAUAAGCCUAAAUAAUGUAAACAAAACAAACGUUACUCCCUGCGUAAUAAAAACGCCUGCGGCCAUGAAAAUAGCAACCGGGAGAGGGUCCGUUGUCCAAACUCAACCAAUUAAUCAGCCACAGUGUGUGACUCCAAGGAAAGAGUUAAAUAUUAAUAUUAGUGAGGAAGAAGAAAAAAUUAAUAAAGAUUGUGAGUGGACUACAGUUCGUAAGAAAAGGGGGGAGUUACCAAUCAAAAAAUGUGAAGAAAGGAAAUAA